GAUGUAUUGUGGGAUUUGGAGUUUUUUCAAAUGUUAGCGGCGCUCGUGGGUGAAGGGUAGAAUGUUACAGAACUGAGAUUACUAUUGCCUGCAAAAAAGUAAUUAUCAUGAGUAGUAAAAGAAGAAACGUGGAGUCAGUGAAUCAUAGCUUACGAAAAAAAGAUAAACGCCUUGAUAGUGUAGGGGUUGUCGAUGUAAUCCACGAAGAAGCAGUGAAGGCCGGAGUGAAGGAGGCGUGGAGAAGCAAGACAAAGUUUUCAUGUGCUGAGGCAAUAGAAGUUGACUCACAUCCCUUCCCACAUUGUAUAAUACGAAAUUUUAUUGAAAGUUCAUCUUUCCUGGAAAGCCUAAAGAAAGAACUUCUGGACCUUAGUUUUCAUGAGAAAUCCAAUGAUCUGUACAAGUUUAAACAGUCAGACGAUUUGAAGAAGAGUCAGAAGCCCCACAUAUCAGCAGUAAGGAAAGUGCUUUUUGAAGAAUUUCGUCUGUGGCUUUCAGAGGUGCUGGAAGUGGAACUCAGAAGUACAGUGGACUUAUCGUGUGCAAAGUAUGAGAACUCAGAUGUGCUUCUUUGUCAUGAUGAUGAAUUAGAAGGAAGGAGGAUAGCUUUUAUUCUGUAUCUGGUGCCACCUUGGGAGCAGAGUGAUGGAGGCAUACUGGACUUGUUUGACACAGAUGAUCAUCUUCAACCUCGGAAAAUUUUAAAGUCUCUGGUCCCCUCCUGGAAUACUCUGGUAUUCUUCGAGGUUUCUCCUGUAUCUUUUCACCAGGUGUCUGAAGUAACUUCAGAAGGCAAAUGCCGUCUGUCUGUGGGGGGAUGGUUUCAUGGUAGCUCAGUUGAAAGACCUCCCCGCUACAUAGAACCAGUGCUGCCUCAGAAUCCACAUCUUCCACGAGAUGAAUCCUUAUUGAAUACAUGGAUAAAUGCCCAGUAUCUGGACAUGUCCUUCCAGGCACAAGUGCAGGAGGAGUUUGAAGAAACAUCUGAAAUCCUUCUAAAAGACUUCCUCCAGCCAGAAAAAUAUAUGAUGGUGUCAGAAGCGCUGAAGGAAUCCAACAUCAGAUGGAAUCAGAAAGGACCUCCAAAUAAAAGGUGCUACUCUCAGGCUGAUGAAGCCUCACUCCCAGAAUGUGUGAGACAGUGUUGGGAGCUACUUGCUUCAGAGGCCUUCUUCCUGCUGCUGUCCAACUUCACUGGCCUCAAGCUGCACUUUCUUGCUCCCUCUGGUGAUGAUGAUGAUGAUGAUGAUGAUGAAGAGGAAGAAGAAAAAGGAGGGAAAGGUGAAAAAACUGGAGAGGUAGAAGUUUGUGAGACCAUAAAUGCUGGCCCCUCCCUGAAAGAACCAAGCACUCCUGGGUGCAGGGGAGAGCUACAACGUUGGCAGCACGGCAAUUACACACUCAUCCAUGACACUGACCCUGGAAAUGCUGAGUUUGCCUUGGACUUACUCCUUUACUUCAACUGUGAAGAAUGGAAGACAACAUUUGGAGGAUUUACAUCUUACAUUGCACGUGAUGAGGAUGAGGAACUCCUUACUGUCUACCCGGAAAGCAAUUCACUUGCAUUAAUCUACAGAGAUAAGGAGACGCUGAAGUUUGUUAAACACAUCAAUAAUCACAGUGUAGAUCAUCAGAAAACAACUGAAGAAGUGAGAGAUUUUUAUGAUUUCUCAUUUGUGUACUAUGAAUAAAGAAUUACCUAAAGCUUG